AUGAAAGUCUACGCCCUCGCCCUCCUCUCCGUCACCUCGGGCACUCCUUGCCAGGCCACGGUCCUCGGCUCGUCCCAGGACCUCAGCUCAUUCUCCUUCUACCAGCGCGGAAGCGUCGGAGAGUUCAUGAACUUCUUUACCAAGACCGUCGCGGAGCGCACUCCACCUAACCAGCCCUCGUCUGUGGAGGAGAACAACUACAAGGCGCACGUCUUCCGAAAUGCUAGCCGUACGCCCGGUGGCCUCAGCCUCGCUGCCGUCAUGAUCACCGACCUCGAAUACCCUUACCGCCCGGCGUUCUCUCUACUCACCAAGCUCCUUGACGAGAACGCCGGCCUGCUCCAGCAGCUGCCCAACCCCUCGGCCGCGCCGUCGCUUGCCGCCGCAUCUGCCUCUGCGUUUGGUGGGAACCCCUCUCAGAACGCACAGGGUGGCCUCCCGCCCGCCCAGAAGGGCAAGCUCGAGGGUACGCUCGCGACCUACUUGGCAAAGUACCAGGACCCCAAGCAGGCCGACACGAUCAUGAAGGUGCAAGCCGAGCUGGACGAGACUAAGAUUGUCCUGCACAAGACGAUUGAGAGCGUGCUGGAGCGUGGGGAGAAGCUCGACAACCUCGUUGAGCGGUCAAACGCGCUCUCGACCCAGAGCAAGAUGUUCUACAAGACGGCCAAAAAGCAAAACUCGUGCUGUGUUGUCAUGUAA